CUUCUCCACGGUCUGGUCGUGGCGUUACCACUUGCCUCUGCAACAGGAAGAAGAGGGGUGAGUUGGUCACGUUAAACCAACCAGGCACAAUGGGUUUCAGUCAAACUGCAAAGAUUGCUCUCUUUCUUGCACUAUUUGGCUGCAUUUCGUUCGUGUUGGGAGCAAUUGCAGAAAACCUGAAGCCAAGAGCAGGAGAAGUAACUACACUGAAGGAUAUAGUGGUUUGCGAUUUCCCACAAGAUCAUACGGUUGUCUUGGGGAGCCUGUCAUUCAUCUUCCUCACCUUGACAACCAUUUUUGGCUUCAUUGCCGUCUUCUCCCCAUACAACGGAAAGUCUAUUCCAGCUGCAGGCCUCUUCAGAUGCACCAGUCUCCUUGUCUUUGUUGUGAUCGCAGUGCUUGUAUCUGUACUUGCUGGGGUCCUCCUGCUGUGGGCAACAAUCAGCGAAGGCCUUCACAUUCUGCAUAAUGUACACCAUGAUGUGAACUACCAAUGCCCCACUGCUAAGACAGGUCUCCUUGGAAGUGGCGGCUUCCUUGCACUUGAUUCUGCCCUCUUUUGGCUGGUCUGCCAGAUGCUGACCCUCAACUCCAGAACAGACUACGAGGAGGAAGAAGACCUAAAGGGUGACUAUGGCCAACUUCCAAAAUCUUAAGUUGGCUUUGUAUUUUGUUGCUGCCGAUGUUCAGACUGGCUAAUUUGGUCGUUUGAGUUGCAAUUGUUAAUCAUCAAACAGUUUAAAUCCAGAAACUUCAACUCUCUCUCUCUCUCUCUCUAUCUCUUUUGUGGGUAUCGCAAACAUUGGCUGAUAUGCAUCAUAUCUUUUAGCAGCCCCUGACCACAACAAU